CCUGCAUACAUAGCCGACACGCCACCUACUGCAAAACCAAGCUGACAGCACAGGCGAUGCUGCCAGCAUUUCCAUUCCAUCGCCAGGCUGGGGCUGAAUAAAGGCGUGUUUGUGUGGUAGUGUUUCUGUUUUAAAAGCCUCAAGCCAAGAAGAACAAGCUAAAAUAGCAUCUUCAGAAAUGGAGCGUAAAAUAAUCAGAAGAGAAAAAGAAAAAGAAUAUGAAGGGAAACACAACAGCCUGGAAGACACUGACCAAGGAAAGAACUGCAAAUCUACACUGAUGACUCUCAACGUUGGUGGAUAUUUAUACAUUACUCAAAAACAGACACUGACCAAGUACCCAGACACUUUCCUUGAAGGUAUAGUAAAUGGGAAAAUCCUUUGUCCAUUUGAUGCUGAUGGCCAUUAUUUCAUAGACAGGGAUGGACUCCUCUUCAGGCAUGUCCUAAACUUCCUACGAAAUGGAGAACUUCUGUUGCCAGAAGGGUUUCGAGAAAAUCAACUUCUCGCACAAGAAGCAGAAUUCUUUCAGCUCAAGGGACUGGCGGAGGAAGUGAAAUCCAGGUGGGAAAAAGAGCAGCUAACACCCAGAGAGACCACUUUCUUGGAAAUAACAGAUAACCAUGAUCGUUCACAAGGACUGAGGAUCUUCUGUAAUGCUCCUGAUUUCAUAUCAAAAAUUAAAUCUCGAAUUGUUCUGGUGUCUAAAAGCAGGCUGGAUGGAUUUCCAGAGGAGUUUUCAAUAUCGUCAAAUAUCAUUCAAUUUAAAUACUUCAUAAAGUCUGAAAAUGGCACUCGACUGGUACUAAAGGAAGACAACACCUUUGUCUGUACCUUGGAAACUCUGAAGUUUGAGGCUAUAAUGAUGGCGUUAAAGUGUGGUUUUAGACUGCUGACCAGCCUGGAUUGUUCCAAAGGGUCAAUUGUUCACAGCGAUGCACUUCAUUUUAUCAAGUAAUUACCUGUCUUAUGAACAAAGACAACAAGCAUGCAGCCAGCAAGCUUCGGAAAACCACAGCAUCAAAGGCAUCCCAAAUAGCGUGCCCAGCUAGCUCUGUACUACAGAGCCCUGCUGCUAAUCAAGUACUGUGAGCUAAUGGUAUGUAAAUUGUAUCGCUAAAGAUGUUCUUCUCUGGGGUGUUCCUGCAGAUUGGACUCUUCCACCUAAAAUGAAAACAGUAAUCUUCUAUAUUCUAUAAAUAAAGACUGAAUGCUUUUUGCUAUUUGUUUAUUUUUCCUUAAGCUGUCUUUUAAUCAGAAUGUCUUGGGUACUUGCACAAAAAACAAGCAUGUACAUUAUCUGUAGCGCAUUUCAAAUAAAUGGUAAUAAAAUAUUUUAAGGGGCUUUUAAGGUUUAAAAUCCUUUCUACUUAUGGCAGAAAUUUACAAAGAAACUGAACUGGUAAAUUACCACUGAAAGCAAAACAGAUGUGCAGAUCUACCUGGAGCAGAGCUAUAGUGAAACAAAAUGAGAUUGUAUAAAGCUGUUAAAGCUAUUGAUUUGAUUUUUAAUAGCAGGCACCAAAAGCUUAUUCACAAUUUCUGUAUCUCACGCUGGAAUUAUAGCUUAAUUGAUAAUUUGCUGAGAAUUCCUAGAAAACUGCUUGAUGACAAUAAAAAAUAAUUAAAAGCACUGCUAGCUUCUUUGCUUGUAUUAUAAUGAUAAAAAAGUUACAUGUGUCACUUUAAAAACAAGUAGUACACUUGAUGAUUUCACACAUUAUUAUUUAUGCACUGAUGUAAUCGACCAGAAGGCUAUAGUAACCCUGGCUGGUCUUAUGAGUAACAAAAAUCAGCAAAUUCAUUUCUUUGCACACUGAGCUCCAAUACAGCAUGAAUAAUAUUCUCAAUGGAGUGCACGGUAUUAGAAUAAUAAAGAAGACCAUUUUCA